CCCCUGCUAUGCUAGCUCCUACUGCCACCACACCCCCUGCUGUGCUAGCUCCCACUGCCACCACAACCCCUGCUAUGCUAGCUCCUACUGCCACCACAACCCCUGCUGUGCUAGCUCCCAAAGGAGCAGCAAGAGUGGGUCAGUCGGGCCAUUUUCAUAAGAGACAAGCAGCUCAAAUGUGUCCUGAAAAGCCAGCUUGAGCUGUAGUACUCCCCUCCUCUGCCUCCUAACAUCAGCCAUAAGCCUCCAGCUUCUCCCUCCGGCCAUUCUGCCUCUGGAUGCCCUACCGCCUGUGGACCUUUAAGUUUGUGUGCGCCCAGCCACAGUGCGCCCAGCCACAGUGCGCCCAGCCACAGUGCACCCAGCCACAGUGCACCCAGCCACAGUGCAAGCGUCAAAAUCUCACAGGCUGUGGGGUGUACAAGACAGUCCGGAGGGUGCUUGACAUGGACGGCUGGUAUUAUAUGGGGACAGAGUAUUCUUACAGAGGCUGGUAUUAUAUGGGGACAGAGUAUUCUUACAGAGGCUGGUAUUAUAUGGGGACAGAGUAUUCUUACAGAGGCUGGUAUUAUAUGGGGACAGAGUAUUCUUACAGAGGCUGGUAUUAUAUGGGGACAGAGUACCUGGAGUGCCGCCUCUGUAAGAAGCUACUAGCAGGAUGGUCGCUGGAGGUCUUGAACCAGCUGGACACAAGUCAUCGCUCCAUGUUCCCAGCCAUCUUGACUUACAGGCUGUCCUGUGACCUGAAGGUGGUCACACCUCCUCCCUUUUUGGAUGUGCCCUCAGCCCAGUGGCUGCUGACUGUCCACGGCUACGACGUUCUGUUCCAGCUAGAGGACUUCAAGGCCAGAGUCACCUCCAUCUUUGGGUCCAUCCUGAAGAUGGAUUCAACCAAGAAGGUGACCAAGAAACUAGCUGGGACAGCAGCGUGGGCCACAAAUGUUGUCAAUGAGUACGGCCAGGUGCUCAUUAAGGUCCUCACUGACAGCGAAGGAGAGGGUCUGCUCGACAUGGCAGCUGGCCUCCAGCAGCGCUACAGAACAAGUGCGGGUGCCGAGCCAGGCCUACCUCCUUGAAGGGUUGGUUGGGUGGAAUGAGGACCGUGCCGAAGCUGCACUUUCAGGCCUACCUCCUUGAAGGGUUGGUUGGGUGGAAUGAGGACCGUGCUGAAGCUGCACUUUCAGGCCUACCUCCUUGAAGGGUUGGUUGGGUGGAAUGAGGACCGUGCCGAAGCUGCAGCGGGGGGCAGAAGCAGACCCUGCACUGCUAUGAUGGUGUAGCUCAGCACGCCAUCAUUGAGCUGAGCCAGAAGCUCCUGGGCUGCAGUCUUGUGAAGGAUCACACAAGGCCUGCAAAGUACACUGGGGAACUCAUUGGGGUCGAGUAUCUCUUCUCCCAGACCCAUGGUGACCAGAUUCCAACCUCGUUAAGGACCCAGAUGUCCCAGACGGGACACCUGAUCUAUUUGAGGGAGGAGAGGAUGACCCCACCAUGUCCUCGCCCGACCUCGAUGACCGUCUCCCACCAGUCCCUCCACCGCCCACUCAACCCAACCCAUCCCAGGUACCUGUCGUCACACCCCCUGAUGACACUGCACCAGCUGCCAGUCAGGACCCGGAGGAUGAUGAGAACAUAGGACCUGAUGGGGUUAGUGGAUACCAGCACGUGGUCCUCCUGGCCACUAGUCAGCCACUGCCACCUCCACCCAGUCUGUCUUCCAUCUCCCUCCCUAUAACGCCAGUCUUCCAAGACCUGCCCUCGACCUCCACUCCUCUUCCCCCUCCUGCUGGUGGACCCAAGGUCUCCAGGACCACCGAAUGAAGGAGGAGGAAGAAGCUGGAGCCUGGCAUUAAAGUCAGAGUGCACAAGCCAUAUGAAGGCUAUAAGUGCUCUAAAUGUGGCAAGCCUAAAACUUCUGAGUUUGGACACAUGGUUCUGUGAGAUUCUGUGCCGCUACCUCUGGUGGCCAAACUGUGGAGGAGUGGCUGGCACUCAUGAGGGCCCAGCAUGGUGCUAUAGCCAAGGCCAGUAAACUCUGACUGACUGGUGUGUACAUUGUAAAGUAGUUUUUGUAAAUAUGUUCUUUGUUUUAUUUACGACAUUCAUUGUUAAUCUCUUGUACAUUUAGCUCAUUUAAAAUCACCUUAACUUGUACAGUCGGUGUAGGGGACAUUAUGCUGGGUUGCUUCACACAUGACAUUCCCUGUGAAAUAAAUAAAUGGAAUACAAGCACUUUCUCCCUUAAAUUCAUUUUGAUUUAUUGUCAUACACUCUUAAAGUUCAACAAAUAAAAAGACAAGCAAAUCAGUCAUC